GCAUCAUGCACCGUUUGUCUACAUUUCUGUUUUUCAAUAUUCUAGCAUGUCUUGGACAAACUGUCCAGGGGAGUGACAUCAUACAUGGAGAAAAAGCCCCAGCCAACUCGAUGCAGUACAUGGUCUCAGUGCAAAACAAAUGGGGUCAUGUGUGUGGAGGAUUUCUAGUCAGGCAGGACAUUGUGAUCACUGCUGCACACUGUGCUGAAGAUGAACCUGUGCAUGUUGUUCUGGGAACCCACAAGCUAUCAAAGAGGAACAUGAGCCCAGUGAAUAUUGAAUACUUCUGUAAAUACCCAACUUAUAAAUCUGUUGGACUUGGUGAUGACAUCAUGCUCCUUAAAUUGUCCAGAAAAUUUCCGCUAAAUAACAGGGUGAAAAUAAUUUCACUUCCAACGUCUUCCAAUGCAAACCUUAGAGAUGGUCAGAUCUGCUCUGUUGCUGGAUGGGGUCAAACUGGGCCCCACCAUGCUAUUGUGGAUGACCUGAGAGUGGUGAAUGUGUCAAUCUUAAAUCCACAACUCUGUCGGGACAUAUGGGGGGAUGACUUCCCUUCCAAUGUGAUCUGUGCUGGCGGAUAUAACACAGACAAAGGAUUUUGUCAGGGUGAUUCUGGUGGCCCACUGGUGUGUAACAAGGUAGCUGUUGGUGUUGUGUCAUUCAACAAACGUGCCAACUGCAACUACCCAGAUGUACCCAACGUCUACACAGACAUAUCCAAAUAUUUUCAAUGGAUCAACAACAUUGUGAAAACAAAUAAAUGUGUGUAGCAAACCUGUUACAGAAGGCCUUCUUGCUCAGGGAGUUGUUCAUCUUAUUUCAAUGCCUCUGUCAGCUUCUGGCAUUCAA